AAAGUCUUCUUUCUUUUCACUGAAAGAUAUUCAUUCUCCCACACAAAACAGAGCUAAAUUUUACUUAUUCAAAACAAAAAAAAAGGGGUCCUAGAAUUUACACUCCAAACAAGGAAGUAAAAUAAAUUAAUCUUUUAUCAUUCAAGUUUCAUCUGGGAAUUCUUGAAUCCAUAAUUUCAAUAAAAAAGGUUUUGCUCACCUUCUGUUUGUGAGAUUCUGAUCUACAAAGUACCAGUGGUGUUUUAUGGGCAGUGGACAUAAGUAAAAGGAAUGGGAGGUUGUUGCUGUUGCUCUUCUAGAGGAGUAGAAAUAAGUAGUGGACCAGCAUAUUAUUACUAUCCAAGAGCAUCAGAUGAGCGCAUGCCUUUAUCUUCUCAUAGUGUUGCUGCCUCUGCUCUCUCUACCGGGCUCCUAGUCGACACAAAUCUGGAGGUAUCUGUGCCCGAUGCUUAUAGACCUCCUCCUGCUCCGGUGCCAUUUGAUGCAAUUUUAGGACCUCCUCAAACUCCUUCGGUAGCCCAAAUUCAUAGCAGUAAAAGUGACGAAGCAGUGCAAUCGACUAAUGUUGAUUCUGGUCAAGAAACAGUUGCUGCCAAUACUCGAGAGACUUGCACAAAAUCUGAGGACACAAAGGGAUUGGGCUGCAAAGCACAAACUGAUACAGAAAUUGAGUCACCAAAGGAACUAGAAGUCGAACUUUCAAAACCAGUUGAACCAGUUGUGUCUACAAAGGAAGAGGAGGAUGUUUGUCCAACCUGUUUGGAAGAGUAUGAUGCAGAAAAUCCAAAAAUUAUCACAAAAUGCGAGCACCAUUUUCACCUUGCAUGUAUUCUUGAAUGGAUGGAAAGAAGUGACACAUGCCCUGUGUGUGAUAAGGAAAUGAUGUUCGACCUACCCACCGACUAGUUUCAUUGUGGUGGACUCAGCUUUUAGUUGCUUCAAAUUAAGUUUGUUGCAAAGGUUACAACUUACAAAUCACAACAGAUUUUCGGUUUUUCGUUUUCCCCCUCAUUUAUUAUAGCAUAUUUAGUGGCUGCUUCCAAUUAGCAAUAGUUUGGUUUUGGGUCUCUUUUCUUCAUCGUAUAAAGGAGUUGCCAAUUCGUGAACAUAGUCUCUUUGUGCUUUCAUCCCUCAAAACUUUUAGAUGAGAAGAAAGGAGAAAGAAAUACAGAAACAGCUUAGAUGCCAUUUUUAACGAUCAUCACUUUAUGGCCUAUGCAUAAAGUGUUUAUUAGAUCAGCAUGCCAUUAGUUUCUACCUCCCCGAAUAAGUGAGUGCCUGAAGUUGAAUAAAAGAGAUGCUGGUUUUAUUUUGCCGUAAUUUGUCCAGAAACCUUUGCAGUCAGCCGCAAGCAGCAUAUCAUACAACACACACACACAUAUAUAUAUUUUCCUUACCAUGAAUCUGCAGUAAAUGGGAUAUGGUUACACUUAUUUUCAGUUCAUGUAUAUGUGAAAUUGUUGGUGGUGGAUUUGCUUUUGUUUUCAAAAGACAGAAGGGAUAAACUGAAUAGGCAUUUUGUAAUACAACAUGAUUCUUGUAUAUAACAUCUAUUUUUUUCAUAUCAAAGUUUGAUCAUUUCACAUAAAAAAAUUUACAGUUAUUUUUACUAUUCAUAUGAAAUUUUGUAUGUAACGAGAUUGUAUUUAUUAUUAUUGGAUGAUUGGAUCGAUUUUCUUCAAUUUGAAAUCUUCUUUUUUUUGUUCUCCA